AUGCUUCUGUGUGCCUUUGAGUGUCUGCAAUUUGGAGGAUAUUGUUCAUACCGAAGAUUUAAAUUCCUUCAAGCUAAAUAUGUGGGGAUUUCCAUCACACUGAAGUUGGCAGUGUUACAUACAUUUUGGUAUAGAUGCGCAAGCGAUACAGAUGUAUGCUGCAAAGUUAGAUGUGGGAAACGACGACUCGACACGCAACUAUUUACCAAAGACAAAGCAAAUUUCGCCGAGUUUCCCUGGAUGUUGGCAAUCCUUUAUCGGAAUGACUACCACUGUGGAGCUUCUUUAAUCCACCCCCAAGUGGCGUUGACCGCUGCUCACUGUGUUCAAAAUCCAGGCCCUUAUAAGGUACGAGCCGGCGAAUGGGACCGUUAUUCCCGGGGAGAGCCCCUGGAUCACGAAGACCGUGCAGCUGAAAAGAUAAUCAUCCAUCCCGCAUACAACGCCAACUCGCUGAAAAACGACAUCGCUCUAAUCAUAGUCGACGAGCCUUUUCCCCUUCAAGACAAUAUAGGAGUAGUCUGUUUGCCCCAUCAAAAUUCGUAUAUUAUUCAACAAGAGUGUUUAGUAACAGGAUGGGGUAAAACGUCCCACCACACUCUGUGGCGUUCGAAUAUUUUAAAAAAGACGAUUCUCCCAGUGGUUUCUCAUGGUUUUUGUCAGAUGUUGCUGCAAUUCUAUUUAGGAUCUACAUUUACACUGGAUUCUACUUUCAUCUGUGCGGGUGGUCAGAACAAGGACACUUGCCAGGGAGAUGGAGGGAGUCCCCUAAUGUGUGAGGUAGCAAGGACGGAAAAUGUUUACGUACAAUUUGGAAUCGUGUCUUGGGGGCUGAAGUGCGGGACAACGGACGUUCCAGGAGUGUACGUGAGUGUAGUUCAAUUCGUGCACUGGAUCGACCGGCAGAUGGCGCUGCAUGGCUUCCACAGCAGUGUUUACGGAAAAAUGGGUUUUGAAAAACGAACAUAUCAAAGAAGAAAUCCGAACCGGGUGCUAAGUUUUGAAGGCGGACAUACAAGUGUUUAUAAAGUUAGGGAUACUCAACAUUGA